AUGCAAGUUCAGGUUCUUUCCAUCACAACUCCUCCAGUUCCUGCAUCCUAUAAGUCACCGAAUGUACCCUCGGGGUCCCGAAUUUCCGACCCCCAUCCAUCGGGUCAUCGCACCCUCCUACCUGUAGGACCCGCAUACCUCACGCACCUGCGCUUGUCGUUACACCACAAGCACUCGUUCUCGUCCCUUGAUAAGCACCUUGCUGCCGAACGCGAGCGUCUGGCCGCCCUCCACGGAGAUGACACGAACGGAGAAGAUGAUCUCGGUGUGGGCGACGAGGAGGAAACGCAGGAGUUAUUGAGUUUGGAUCCAAAGGAAUGGAAGAAACAAGACCACUACGCCGUCCUCGGUCUCUCGCAUCUUCGUUACAAGGCCACGGCGGCGCAGAUCAAGAUUGCGCAUCGCAAAAAGGUGCUGAAGCACCACCCCGACAAAAAAGCCGGCUCGACCUCGACCUCAACUGCCCACAAUUCGCUCUACCUCGCCGGCGUCAAUCAAAACACGAAUGACGAUGCGUUCUUCAAGUGCAUCCAAAAGGCGCACGAGGUCCUGACCAACCCCGAAAAGCGCCGCCAGUUCGACUCCGUUGAUCCUGUUUUCUUGGACUUUGAGGAGGACAUGCCGAACGCGACGGAGUUCAAGAACAAGAACCUCGAUUUCUUCAAGACGCUCACGCCGGCGUUCGAGCUCUACGCUCGCUUCUCGAAGAAACAACCCGUUCCUGGGCUCGGCCAUAUCGACUCGACGAAGGAAGAGGUUGAAGGCUUCUACGACUUUUGGUACAAUUUCGACAGCUGGCGGAGCUUCGAGUGGCUGGACAAGGAGAUCAACGAAGGCAGUGACAGCCGUGAUGACAAACGCUACACCGAGAAAAAGAACAAAUCGGAGCGUGCGCGCCGAAAGAAGGAGGACAUUGCGAAGUUGAGGAAUCUCGUCGACAUGACUCUCAGCUUUGACCCUCGCAUUAAACGGAUCAAGCAACAGGAGAAAGAAGCCCGCGAGGCGAAGAAGCGUGGUGUCACCCCUGGUGCACCAGCAAAGAAAACAAAACAACAGGAGGAGGAAGAGAAAAAGAAAGCUGAGCUCGAGGCGAAGCAAAAGGAGGAGGCAGAACAGGCUGCUCGUGCGGAGGCAAAGAAGCAGAAGACGGCGGCUGCUAAUGCUGCGAAGAAGGCAAGAAGACAGCAGCGUGCAGCUGAGGAGGCUGCCGCUGGUACUUAG